UUUGUAGGUGCAAGCGUCUUUGUGCAGCGGACAAAUGGGGAGAGGAGAAGGAGGUGGGCACUCGGGCGACGUAAGAUCCACAUCAGCUCAACUCCACUCGCAUCCCAGCCGGCACUUCCUCACUUUCUCAAGUGUCUCUCACCCACGCCGCUCUACGCCCGCCUUUCCCUCUCCCCAACCCUCCCCCCACCAGCUGCAAUAAAGCAUACACCGGGAAUUGGCUUCCUCCUAGGUGGGGUGCUGGUUUGGUUGGUGACUGGGGCUUUUUGUGUGUUAUUAUUGUUGCUGGUUGUUUCUCCCCCUUCUCCCUUCCUUGCUGCCCGCCGCUUUGCAAAGGGCUGGAUGAUUACACCGGGCAGGUUGGCUCCAUGAUGUUAGGUACGGUGAAAAUGGAAGGGCACGAAACUAGCGACUGGAACAGCUACUACGCGGAAUCUCAGGAGGCCUAUUCCUCAGUGCCGGUCAGCAACAUGAAUUCGGGCCUAGGCUCAAUGAACACCAUGAAUACCUACAUGACCAUGAACACCAUGACCACCAGCGGCAACAUGACGCCAGCUUCUUUCAACAUGUCCUAUGCCAACCCAGGCCUAGGGGCUGGACUAAGCCCGGGUGCCGUGGCUGGAAUGCCGGGAGGUUCAGCCAGUGCCAUGAACAGCAUGACUGCAGCAGGGGUGACCGCCAUGGGAGCAGCCCUGAGUCCUGGGGGCAUGAAUGCCAUGGGAGCUCAACAGGCUGCGUCCAUGAAUGGACUGGGUCCCUACACUGGGUCUAUGAACCCCUGCAUGAGCCCCAUGGCAUACGCCCCUUCCAACCUGAGCCGCAGCAGAGGGGACGCCAAAACCUUCAAGCGCAGCUACCCACAUGCCAAGCCGCCCUACUCCUAUAUUUCGCUCAUCACCAUGGCUAUCCAACAAGCUCCCAGCAAGAUGCUGACCCUGAGUGAAAUCUACCAGUGGAUUAUGGACUUAUUUCCUUACUACAGGCAGAAUCAACAGCGCUGGCAGAAUUCCAUUCGCCAUUCGCUCUCGUUCAAUGACUGCUUUGUCAAGGUGGCUCGCUCUCCCGACAAGCCUGGCAAGGGCUCUUAUUGGACCCUGCACCCGGACUCUGGCAACAUGUUCGAGAACGGCUGCUACCUGCGCCGUCAGAAGCGCUUCAAGUGCGAGAAGCAAGCUGGGGCGGGAGGCGGCGGCGGCGGGGGCGGAGGCGUAGGUGUAGGCAAAGGAGGUCCAGAAAGCAGGAAGGAGCCCCCCGGAGGCUCCAGCACGAGCUCCAACUCCCCGUUACAUCGCGGGGUGCACAGCAAAUCCUCCCAGCUGGAGGGCGCCCAGGCGUCGGGUCCUGCGGCCAGCCCCCAGCCUCUGGACCACAGUGGGGCAGGGGCGACAGGGGGCGCCCAGGAGCUAAAGACUGCGGCCUCCUCCUCGGCCCCGCCAAUCACCUCCGGGCCCGUGGUGCUAGCCUCGGUGCCCCCCUCCCACCCAGCACACGUCUUGACACCCCACGAGUCCCAGUUGCACCUGAAAGGGGACCCCCACUAUUCCUUCAACCAUCCCUUCUCCAUCAACAACCUUAUGUCCUCCUCCGAGCAGCAGCACAAGCUGGACUUCAAGGCCUAUGAGCAGGCUCUGCAGUACUCACCCUAUGGCGCGGGGCUGCCAGGGAGCCUGCCCCUGAGCAGUGCCUCCAUGGCCGGGAGGAGCACAAUUGAGCCUUCAGCUCUGGAGCCUUCUUACUAUCAAGGUGUGUAUUCCAGACCGGUCCUAAAUACUUCUUAGCUCCUGUGACUGGUGCUUUUUUGGGAUGGCCAUUCUGGGAACAGGAGAAAUUAAAAAAAAAUACAAACCAUCCAUGAGACCCCAAUAAACUUUUUAUUUUACGUUUUUGCACAAUCUCUUCCCCCUCCAGUGCAAAGGACUGUUACUUUAUUAUUGUAUUCAAAACGAGUUGUGUAUGUUACUAUAAAGCAAUCCAAAUAACCAAACACAAACUAAAAUUCUUCCUGCAAAGUUUAGUGAUCCACAAUUGUAUAUAAAAAGAUAUUUCCUCUUGUUCUUCCUUCCCUCCCUCUAGUCCUCUCUCUUUCCCUAUGUAUUUAAAGAAAAGAAAGAGGU